AGAGUUUACUCCCCUCCUGGGGAGUAAGUCCUUUGAGAUCAUUAAGCCCAACCCGACCAUACCCCUCAGUGCCACAUCCCCACCUGCAGCUCUCUCAACCCCCAGCACCUCUCAGUGCAGCCGUGCCUCUGCCCCACUACUCGUUAGGAGAAGGAACCCACCGCAGCCCCCUCCCAGGCUGCCUGGGGGAGCGGAGCCCUGCAGCCCCCUUACCUGACAGCCUCGGGGGAAGUCUUAAAAGGGAUAUUUCUGUUGUAUUGAGCAUCAGAGACAAACGCUGCAGCCAGCAGGAGCUCCUGGGGAGGGGAAGAAACACAGGUCAGGGGGUGCUUGGGGAGGGGGGCAGAGGGCGAUAUCCCUGCCCCGCAGGCGGGGAUGGAGCACACGCCGCCCUACACCCCGUGCCACCUCCCAGCCCGAGGCGAGGGCUCUACCUGCGAAGCAGCCUCAGCCAUGGCCGGGGAAACGCUUCACCUCCCGCCGACCCCGCGGCAUUUAACGGGCCCGCCCCGCCGGCGGAAACGGGAGGCGGAGGAAGGGCCGGGAGGAGGAGCGGCAGCCGCAGGGUCCGCCCGCAGCGCUGCAGCCACGUUCCCGAUGGUGCUGGAUGCGCUGAGGCCCCGCUCGGUGCGCUGGGCGCUGCUGGCCGCCUUCGCCACCGGUGUCGUGGUGGGCUGGCAGGCCGCCCGCGCCCGCCGCCGCUUCCUGCGCUGGAGGCAGAGCCGCCUGCAGCGCCGCUUGGACGCCGCCCGGCAGCAGCUGGAGGCGGCCUGACCCCGCGCCGCCCUGCCCGGCUCCCGAUCGUACGGCCGGAGCCACGCGGACCCGCCGCCCGGCGAUGCCCGGAGCCAGCGCUGAUCACACGGACCGAACCGACCGCACCGCGGGCUCAUCGCUGCCGUGGGUGAGGACACGGCGCGCAGCGAGCGGCGGAUCCCGGCGUGACGGAACGAGUGGGGAGCGGGGAGACGGAGCAGCGCCCGGCAGCACCAACGGGGCAUUAAACGGGGCAUUAAACGAGUGUGUGUGUCGGA